UUCCGAGCGAUGACAUAGUGAGACGUUCUAUCCAACCAGAAGCGAGUAGUUCCUGAUCCUUCAUUUGAAUUCAAGGCGUACAAAUAGAGUUGUUGUGGUCCUCCCUGCAGUCUGUCAGAGGAGACCCGCCAUCAUGCCGGAUCCUUCCAAGUCCGCUCCGGCCCCCAAGAAGGGCUCCAAGAAGGCCGUGACCAAAGCGCAGAAGAAGGAUGGCAAGAAGCGCAAGCGCGGCCGCAAGGAGAGCUACUCCAUCUACGUGUACAAGGUCCUCAAGCAGGUGCACCCCGACACCGGCAUCUCGUCCAAGGCCAUGGGCAUCAUGAACUCGUUCGUCAACGACAUCUUUGAGCGCAUCGCCAGCGAGGCCUCCCGCCUGGCGCACUACAACAAGCGCUCGACCAUCACGUCCCGCGAGGUGCAAACGGCCGUGCGGCUGCUGCUGCCCGGGGAGCUGGCCAAGCACGCUGUGUCGGAGGGCACCAAGGCCGUCACCAAGUACACCAGCUCCAAGUGAGGCGCGUCCCUGGCGCCCCGAACCCAAAGGCUCUUUUCAGAGCCACCCAUACAGUCGAGAAAGGGUUUCGAACACGGUGAUGGGUUAUUAACCCUAUGUUUUACCUAUACACCUUAGCGAUUCCCAGUUACUGGGUGAGUCCCGCCAGUGAGUGAGCGGAGUGUGGGAAUGUAACAGCCCAUUGUAGAGGAACGGUGGAAACGGUGCCCUUGCGAAAAAGCAGGCGUGCAGGUGAGGGGCGUCGCUUCCCCCAGAAGGCUCUAGCGUCGGUCUUCUCACCUGUGUUCCCUUGUCGAGAUCAUGGGUGCGCCAAACCACGAGUUUGGGGAGGCCUUGGGUGUUGUAACGCUGCCUGGCGGUGGCGCCAUACCACCUUUCCAUCCCUGCCCGUAUCAGACGUCUUUAUCCUCAAGCAAAGUACGUCCCGGUAGGAUGUUUGCCUGGAAAGAUCCUGCAAUGACAGUAUGCUGGACAAGAGGGAAGUGGAGGCUGGCGGAUCACCGCAGCGCUUUGUGCGCGAGCUGGGUUAGUAAGUGACAGCUGCCAGCAGCUUUCACCCUUAGUGGUGGGGGGAGGUUAGAGGAACGGAAUUACCUUGUUUUGAGCAAAUGUAACUGCCUCCCCUUUUGGCCGCAUGAUUUUUCUGUGAAGUGUUAGUAACUGAAUUCUUUUCUUCACAUUCAUGGCAUUUAUUUAAGGAGUGCCAUUGUGCUUCAGGAAAAGCAUUUUGGCAUGAAGCUUUCAUACUGGAAGGGACACGGCUUAUCUUUUUCUUGCUUUGACUUAUUUAUUAAAAGAAAAAGAGGAUUAAUAAUGAUUCUUUGAGCUGUUGUGAGAAGUAUUGAGAGUUUGUACCAUUGUCUCCAGCAAGGACAUUUUUAAAUAAAAUUCUGUAAAACACA